AUGACUGCCUUCCAUAGGAACCAAAGAUAUGAAGAAGAACCCGAUUACCCAGACUUCUCCAACUCCAGGGUAAGUCUGGGCUCCCCAGACAGUCCAGACUAUCCAUAUUCCUGGAAUAAUUCCAACAACCUGAAUCCAAAGUAUUCAAGCACUCAUAAUUAUCCCUAUCAUUCCGAGGCACUGAACAGUCCAGAUUAUCCUGGAACUGAGGACUACCUAGACAAUCGAGGCUUCAGGAAUCAUCAGGAGUAUCCAGGCUUCCAUACAAAUCCAGCCUUUUCAAGAUCCCAAAGGACUCCUGACUAUCCAGGUUCUAGAAAGAGUUCCCACCAUUCAAGGUCCAGGCACAACCCAGACUCCUUCAGCUUUGAGAUGAUUCCCGACUAUCCUGGGGCUGAGGACUAUCAAGACUCCAGAGAGCAUCUAGGUGAUCCAGGUUCUGGGAACAAUGCUUACAGUGCAAGUUCCAAGAACUAUCCAGACCGCCCAGGUUCCCUGGGAAUUCCAGAUCAUAUGGGUGCUGAAGACAAUGGUGAUCCAAAUAAUUGGGGAAACGCAUAUAACCAAGAGACUCAGAACAAUCAUGACUACUCCUAUUCAGAGAAACUGGGAAUGGACAGAGGGGCAGGUAACGAGAGUCCUCAUUCUGGGCUUUUCCACCGGACCUCAGGUUCUCCUGGGAGAGGGAAUCAAGAUCACCCAGAAUCCUUCCAAAUGAUCUCAAGGCAGCCCACAUCUCUGUACAGCAAGCACCCAAUGCCAGAUCCUGAUGGUGGUGGAUACAGAAACCCUGCCUAUGAUGAAAGCAGUCUAGAUGGAGAUUAUAGAAAUCAGCACUCCGGAAGAGAAGUUAAUUCUUUUGGAUGGAGAAGGAACUGGCAUGAAGAUGCCCUGCAGGCAUAUGAUCCUACUUUUGUGACUAUUGCAGACAAAACCAAGCAUGAGGAAAAGUUGGUUGCAUCUCUCAUAAACUUAACAGCUAGAGACAGAAACAAAAUCAUAAGGAAUCAGCCAUUGACCAUACAGGAAAAGAGGAAAAUUAAGAAUAAAGUUAAUGCUGAGAAACGGAAAUCUGCCAUCCACUCAGUUCAGUUAAAUUACUGUACCCAGUGUCUGGCUGCAACAGCGCUGUAUUAUCGGCGUUUUAGUAGCAGCAUGUCAGAAUUUUUCCAGUCUCUGUAUGUGUGGCAGAGGACCCUCAAGAUCAUUGGCAGCAAAUUUGGAACGAGCGUACUUUCCUACUUCAGCUUCCUGACAUGGCUCCUCAAGUUUAACAUUUUUUCAUUUAUAGUGAACUUUGGCUUCAUUAUCAUUCCUCAGCUUACGGAGUCAAAGCCAAACAAUCUUUCCUUCACCGGUCUGGAGCUUCUCACUGGAGCAGGUUAUUUUCAACAAACAGUGUUGUAUUACGGCUUUUAUACCAAUUCAACUAUCAAGCACAAAGGAAGCAAUACCUCUUACAACAUGCAGCUGGCAUAUAUUUUCACAAUUGGAUUGUACCUGGUCGUCUGCUUCUUUUCCUUACUCUAUAGGUAUGGAAGGCUAAGUGACUUGACCAGGCUCCAGAAUUUGGAUGAAAAUGACACUGGGUGUGUUGUUGCUUUUGCCUCUCAUAGCAUGGCCUGUUCUUUCCGGAAUAAUUUCAUUAACCCCCACAUCUACUCCAGAGGGACUGCUAAGCUUGUCUUUUCCUGGGACUUCACCAUCACUCAUGAGAAAGCCGUGAAGCUAAAGCAAAGAAACCUUACCACUGAACUCAAGGAGAAUCUGUCAGAAAUCCGGCACGAGAAUGUGAUUGCACCUCUCAAGCAAAGGUUAUCUCACUUUUGCAUCCACCUGGCAGCCUGGAUAGUUUCCACAGGGGUGGCUGUUGCCUGUUGUUCGGCUGUUUAUUACCUGGCUUUUGAUAACCUGAAGUUUCUGAGAGAACACAAAAGCCAAGCGGCCACCUUACUGCUGCCUUUCCUGGUAUGUUGCAUCAAUCUCUUUAUACCGCUGUUUUACUCCUCCUUUGGGUUGGUGGAAAAGUUUGAAAUUCCCCGGCAUCAGGUCUUAGUUAUCAUCACCAGGAAUAUCUUUCUGAAAAUAUCCAUCAUCGGGAUUCUUUGUUAUUAUUGGCUCAACUCCGUAGCAGUGUCCAAUCAAGAGUGCUGGGAAACCCUUGUUGGCCAGGAUAUCUACCGUCUCCUCGUGAUGGAAUUUUUGUUUACUUUAUUUGACUCCGUUUUGGGAGAGUUUUUGAGAAGAAUCAUUGGGACUAAAUUCAUUAAAAGCCUUGGUGUGCCCGAAUUUGAUAUUGCCAGGAAUGUUUUGGAGCUCAUCUACACACAAACCCUACUGUGGAUUGGCAUCUUCUUCUCUCCCCUGCUGCCCUUCAUCCACAUGAUCAUGCUGUUCAUCACAUUCUACAUCAAAAAAAUCAGCCUAAUGAUGAACUGCCAGCCUCCAAGCAAAGCGUGGCGUGCUUCUCAGAUGAUGACUCUAUUUAUUUUCCUGCUGUUUUUCCCAUCUUUUACUGGGGUGCUAUGUGUCCUAGCCAUCACCGUCUGGAGGUUGAAGCCUUCAGCUCAGUGUGGUCCUUUUCAAGGCCUGCCUUCCAUCAUCCACGCCAUCUAUGGAUGGAUUGAGAUACUCAGCAGCAGACCGAGUUACUUAUGGGUCGUAUGGAUUUAUCGGAAUCUCAUCGGGAGUGUGCAUUUCUUCUUCAUCCUCACCCUCAUCGUCCUGAUGAUCACCUAUCUUUACUGGCAGAUAAUCGAAGGAAGGAAGAUCAUGAUUAAGCUCCUCCAUGAACAGAUCAUCAAUGAGGGAAAAGACAAGAUGUUUCUUGUGGAGAAGAUUUUAAAGCUCCAGGAGACCCAGAAGAAACUAAAUACCUUCCCACUGGCUCAAGAAAUGAGAGAACAGGAGGUGGAGUCUAGGACCAACCCGGAUAAACCAACAGAUCUGUCAAGAAGAAACAGGCCAUCUUUGAGGAAUCAAAAUCCUGUGACUAUGGAACAACAUUACGCUAACCAUGAUACAAGACAACACACUGGAAUAAUAGAUGAAGAUUCUUCUGAAGCCCUCAGGCUUGCCAUGGCUGCUAGACGACAGGCAGAAAUGGAGCAGAUGAGGGAAGUUGAAAAAUCUUUACGAUCCCCAUCCUGA